AUGCGUGUCGCUGUCGUCGUCCUGCUCUUCCUCACAGAUGGGGCGCUCUGUAAAAAAGUGUGCAGCUACCAGGACGUUGUGGACUACCUGAACCUGACCAGAGAUAACAGUGUGUAUAAACUGACCCGGCCCGUUCUUGAUUACACACACCCCACCACAGUGGAGCUGGACAUCCUCCUCUACGCCAUCUUGGCCGUGAUUGAGAAAACGCAGACAUUCAUUCCUUUCAUCUGGGCAACAAUGAUGUGGAACAAUGAGCGCAUCUCGUGGGACCCCGCUCAGUUUUGUGGAAUCACUAAGAUUUCGGUUCCUCGUGACAUGCUCUGGAAACCAGACCUCUUCAUCUAUGAGAUGAUACAGAAGGACGACUCCCCUCAGAAUCCCUACAUGAUCGUGUCCUACGAUGGGACGGUCAUCUCAGAAGAGGACAUGAAGGUGGUCAGCACCUGUAAGAUGGAUGUCCACAAGUUCCCCUUCGACACACAGAAAUGCAACAUCUCGGUUGGCUCUGCUGUUCAUUCUGUUGAUGAACUUCGCAUCUACCCUUCUUCCAACUCAUCUCGGGCCACGCAGUUCUCCAGGGAGGUGAUGAAGACUCAAGGAGAGUGGGAGUUCCUCCAUCUGUCCGUCGCCAGCUACAAUUUCACCUUCGACAGCAAACAGUGGGAACAGCUCAUAUACACAUUCACCAUGAAGAGGAGACCCCUCCUCCAUGUCAUCAACUUCCUGUUGCCCAUCCUGUUCUUCCUGUGUCUGGACUUGGCCUCCUACUUCAUCUCCGACCAUCGAGGAGAGAAGCUGGGCUUCAAAGUCACUGUACUGCUGGCCAUCUCCGUGCUGCUGCUCAUCCUAAACGACAUCCUGCCCUCCAUGUCCAACAAGACCCCGCUCAUAGCAACCUACUGCAUUGUGAUUUUUGCUCUGAUGCUGCUCAGUCUGCUGGAGACAAUCUUCGUAACGUAUCUUAUGGAGAAAGACUCCCAGUCGAAGCUCAGGAUUGGGGACGACUGGGAGGACAAACAGGAAAAAGUCAAAAUUGAUAACUCUAACACAGAGGAUAAAAGACCGACUGGCUGUUCCUGCAUCUGCAAAGUGCCCGACGGUGAGAAACAACAUGAACUGCUGCCUGUGGCUGAAGAGGUGGACAGCAUCAUGCAGACAGGUGAGUCUCAUGUGUUACUGCUGAUCCUGGAGGAGCUGAAGGAGCUGCAGAAAACUGCGAAUCUGCACGUCAGCUGCAGAGAGGAGGCAAGGAGGUCUUACCACUGGGCCACAAGAAUCAACAGAGCUUUCUUUAUUUUCUACUUGGUCGUCGUCUCAACUUUUCUAUCCCUCAUCUUCAUGGAGUGGAACAGUUAAAUUUAUACCCUCUCUGGAGUCCAGGUUCAUUUUCGGUUAAUUUUUCCCACUUUCCAUGCAUUGAUUUUCCUCUUUGUUUCUUAAACUUCCCUUCCCCCACAAGCAUAGUGUCUUUUAUUUUCUUCAACACAAGCUCAGAUAUAUGUCUAACUACCAGGAACCUAUAUUACAAGAAAAAUGGCACAAGCUCCUUUAGAAAGGUACAAAUAUUUACUGAUAGUCACUAAAAUAUUCUUCUUCUUCUUCUUCUUCUUCUUUUUCUUCUUCUUCUUCUUCUUCUUCUUCUUCUUCUUCUUCUUCUUCUUCUUCUUCUUCUUCUUCUUCUUCUUCUUCUUCUUCUUCUUCUUCUUCUUCUUCUUCUUCUUAUUAUUAUUAUUAUUACAGGACAGUUUAAGGUUGUAAAAAUAUUGUUUCACUAAAAAAAAAAAGGAAUAAUUAUAGUCUAUUAGAUGUUAAGUGAUUUUAUACCAUCUAGUUUUUGUGCCUUUUUCAGUUAAAGUGUGCAUGCCACUGUAAAUCAUUAAAGAUAUUAACAGUUUAAAUGUCUUUAAAAAAUGAUCAUGACAUGAAAUACUCCUUUUUUUAGAUUAGACUUUGUCUCUUCAUGUUAUACAAAUAAAAUGAUGUUACUAUAAACACGACAUUCACCAAUGAAUAGACAAACUCCAGAGGGUUAAUAGCUUGUAAUACAUUGUUUUCUGUAUUGUAGACUGUGUCAAAGUAUGUUUUGUUAAUGUAUUUGAGGCUUCUACGACUGUAAAAUGUUCAAGUGUCAUGUUGUACUUUUAAAACACUGAUUCUGUCUUUUCGGUGUUUAUGUGAGAUAAUUCACACUUCAAAGUUGUCCACAGUUGAAAGUGAUGCUUCACCUGAUCUGACCCUGUAGACAUGUGUUAUUGCUGUGGCCGGUUUAAUGUGUUGCUGGAUUUCCAUCCGGAACGACCGGCCCCGAGGAAAUCAGGUUGGCGUCUUAAUUACAGGAUGUCAUUCAUUUUGGGAAGAGUGCAGAACAACUAGUACUGCAGAGGCCAGUUUAAUGCCAUGCUGGCUUUACAUCUGGAAAUCAGGUUGAUUUCUUAAAAUAUACUUUUAUUGAGGAGCCUUUCAUGAAUUUACUUUUUGAUUAUCUUCUAAAAUGUCCUCUUUGAAAAUCUGUUUUUAAAAUGUAAUUAUUUUAUGAUUUGCUUGUUUUAAUUUGAAGCACUUUGUAAUGCUUGAAUGGUUAUUAUUAUUAUGAUUAUUUAUAAAAUGUUUAAUGAAUGAUCCUUACUCUUUCCUAGCCAUAGAUACAAGGAUAGAUGCAGAUAGAAUAUAUAUAUUAUAUAUAUACGUUUUUAGAAAAAGUAAUGGUAAUGGUCAUAAUCUAACAUAAAUACAUGAAUAAGAGAGAGAAUAAAAUGUGUAAAUGAGUAAAUGCAAUCAUCAAACCUAGGUUAAUCCAAAAAAGAAAGAAGAAGAAGAAAAUGAAAGUGAAAUGUUUAGACUUUUGAUCCAUUAAAGAUU